AGUCCAAGAGACUUUGAACCGCUUCGCGAUCGAGGUUUCCAGGUAUGGCAUGUGGUUUGCACCAUCAAAGUGCAAAGUGCUGGUUCAAGACUGGUAGGAGCCUGUGCCUGUGCCUCUGUGGUGACAGGAGCUCACAUUCAAGUAGCUGCUCAAGUCUUGCCAAAUUCUUCCGACCGUCCCAUUACUUUGUCCGGAUCUGCCCGUUCCGUGGCUCUGAGUAUCAAUCAGCUGUGUCAGAUUUUUGUUCGACUCUGUUUUCAAGAUAUUGGAAAACCCUACCAACCACAGCCGACGUAUGCUGUGCCACCCGCCGCUCGCCUACUCUAUCGACCAGAUCCUGCCCUAUGUGAUCAGUUAUCGUGUUCAUCACUUCCGGCGGUCUCACCAGAGCCUCUGGUAAUCCCGGUAUCUCCGGAUCUCCUCUUCAGUAGUCCUCCGUUGACACCAUCGUCUUAUUUGGAUUACGCGGCUGCCACUUUCCCAAUCGCCUCACCUAGCACGUUUUUAUACUCUCCCGAAUCUUUACUCCCCAUACCACUGCUUGUGCCCACAUUCAUCCCCACAGUCAACCCUGCUGGAAGUUCGUCGUUGACUUACUCCCCACUACAACUUCCUUGCGCGGGGACAUUGGAACCGAAAAGUUAUCCCUUUCCUCCAACUACCUCGGCUUUCAUGUCCAACCUACGAGGAGGUGUCUAUUCGACCACAGGUGCCUUAUCCCCGGCAGAUUCAGCUCACCUCCCUUUAACUCAUCCAGUUGUACCGCGGUUAGAGAUCACUGCCGAAACUCGACCAACGGGGCUCGUUCCUGGUACUGGAUUAAUAACGACUGAUCAACAACGUAGGCCGUACGAGCAUUUGGCUGAACGGGCUCCUUUCAUUCGAGAGUUGGAGCAAUUGAUGAAUUGCCCUACGGCGAUAAAUACUUCGACGAUCUCUAACCCUGACCAACUGCAAGCUGAUGUUAAAGCUGCUGUCGCAGCGGACUGUACCUAUCAAACGCUCCUGACCGCAUCACAAGCCACACCCAUAAUAACGGAUACGAAAACCGGCUUAUCGAUGCAUCAUUUGCUCACUUCUCCAGGUAUACGUACACCGGAUCCACUGCUAAGCAUACCCUGUCCAAAGACGCCAUGCAUUCGCAAUGCACUACAGGAAUCGCAGCACAAAGUGGAAAUGUUUCUACCGAAUGAUCUGAUCGGGUGCAUUAUUGGCCGAGGUGGUAAUAAAAUCAACGAAAUUCGACAGACGUCCCAGGCAACCAUCAAGAUCUCCAGUGGUGAAGAGGGAAUGGCAGAAAGAAGAAUCACAAUUAUUGGGACAUCUGCAGCGAUCAAGACCGCACAAACUUUAAUCAAUAGCAGCAUCGAAUUGCAUAAGAAUCUGUUGGCGAUGAAUAUGGUCAUGAAUUGUUUUCAUACGGGACAAGGAAAAUCCCCCGGCUUACGUCCCGGUCGAGUUCGCGGUAUACCAGGUCGUUACCAGUUCAGGAAGCCUCAAGGAGAGGAAAAUGUAGUUGAGAAUCGUUUUGAAAGUACCCUCUCGUACUAUCCUCCAUCACAAACGAACAUUGUCGUCGGUACGCCGGCUUUGAUUGGUGGCACCCCGGUGGAAACGCAUUCCGCGCCAGCUCAACUUGGGAUGCACCGGUGUUCCGAUUCCGGGACAAUAACGCGCACGCCCAGUUUUCGAGGAUCUCGCAAGAACAGCUCGGCCCGGAUUACUCCAUUCACUGCCACUCCCUUUUUGUCGGCGACGCAACUGGAAAAAGUUAAGCGACCAUCGAACGCUGGGUUCAGAUCGACUGAAAUAGACCAGGAACAAACGAUAGAACUGGUUCGUCCGAUUCCAUGUGUGGAUCAACAGAAAUGGUCUGGCACAUUAGAAGCGAACAGCGUCCGUGUUAAUAGUGGUUUCUAUAGCAGUUUCAGCAAUAAUAGUACCGGACCGGGUGUUGGAAACUGUUGUGACUAG